UCCAAAUCGGCUCCACCGAAACCCGACUCUCUCUGCCCCUAGGUUAAAACUUUAAAAACCCGCCGUUUUCUCGCUCCAAAACCCUAAAUCCCAAUCGAACUUCCAAUCCCAAGCGCGGUUUGCUCCGAUUGUCUUCUCCGAUGGCAACGGUACCAGUCAAUCCAAAACCUUUCCUGAACAAUUUGACUGGAAAGAGGGUCAUUGUGAAACUCAAGUGGGGAAUGGAAUACAAAGGUUUUCUCGUCUCAGUGGAUUCAUACAUGAACCUCCAGCUGGCCAACAGCGAAGAGUAUAUAGAGGGACAGUUCACUGGAAACCUUGGAGAGAUUCUGAUCAGGUGUAACAAUGUUCUCUAUCUUCGCGGUGUACCUGAGGAUGAAGAUAUAGAAGAAGCCGAACCAGAAGACUAACUGAUGGGUUUCCAAGGUGACUUCCUGGCCUGGCCCACAAUUGAGAAGUUCGGUUUCUAUCAGAAAUCUAUAUCAUUUACCCUUGCCAGGUUGUGUAUUGUGCCUGAUCUAGUCCUGAAAAUAUUGUAGCAGUUUAGUACUUUAUGUUGCGCAAUUUUUCCGUAUACAAUUUACAAUCAUCUAGGCGUAAGUGCGUAAUGGGUUCUCCAUGGCCCAGACACUUGAGCAUAUCGAGAUGUUAGGCAUUGGGAUGAAUGUAACGACAAUUCUGAUUUUAUAGUCGCUGAAUCUUCUUGUUCAAGUGAA